AUGAAAACUUUGACAGAAAUGAGCGUCGAGGAGUUAAAGCUCAAAAUCAAAAACCAAAAAGAAAGCAAUGCCACUAUCCAGAGAAAGUUUAAUGAAGCCACCGCAACCAUCAAGACUAAGAAUUCUGAAAUUCUAAAGCUGAAAUCUGAAAUAAAAUCGCACGGUGAAGAGUCGACAUCCAAGGACGAAAUCAUCAAAAAUCUUCAAGCUCAAAUGAAUGUGGAGACACGAAAACUAGAUGAUAUGGUAAAACUGCACGAAGAUGGUAAACAAACCUUAAUUCAUCAGAAUUUUCAAAUCAAAUGCCAGCAACAGAAAUUUGAGAUAGACGCUACAAGAAAUCUGCACGAGAUGGCCAAAUUUCACGAAGGAAGACUAAAAUCAAAAGACCAGAUCAUCAACAAUUUUCAAGCCCAAAUAAAUAUGGACAAUAGAAAAAUGCAUGAAAUGAUGAAAAUCAGCGAAGAUCGUAAAAAGGCGUUACUGCAUGAGCAGUCUCAAGUUCAAUGCCUAAAACAGCAACUCGAAAAAGAUGGUCAAAAACAGUCUGGGGUAGAAGAAGAAUUGAAAAAAGAAAUAAACGAAUUGAAAGAUUCCUACUCCUUAUUGCAGGAACAUGUUCGGAAUAAAGAGUUACAACUUGCGAACGAAAUCAGAAAACUGGAAGAAAAAGACAAGCUGAUAAUAUUUAUAACAGAUGAAAUCAAAGAUCUCAGAAAAACUCAUGACAGCCUGACUUCAUUUGCCGAAUUAAGGAAACAACUAGAUGAUGAAGAUGCCAAAAGAAAUAUGAAAGAAAUAAUGAGGACUAACGAAGAUCAGAAAAAUUCUCUUGCUCGCCAAGAAUCUCAGAUACAGCGGCUCGAGAAACAGAAAAUAGAGCUGGAAAAAGACAUCUCCAAACACACCGAGCUUGAAGAUGAAUUGAAAAAAGAAAUAAACGAGAUGAAGGAUUCUUAUGUCUUACUUCAAGAGCAAAUGCGGGAUCGAGAAUUAGAAGAUACGAACGUAAUAACGGAUCUAAAAGCGAAACUUGAAGUAAAAAGGCAGGAGAAAAUUGACUUUGUGAUGAAGCAAAUGAAGUCAGAAUCAAAAAGCAGACAAGUUCUCUCCCUAAUAAAUCACCAACUGAACGAUUUCAACGGCAAAUUCGACAGCCAAACUGCUGAACUCAAGGAAAUCAACUGUAAAUUCGACAAGCAAACAACAGAAAUUCAUGAAUUAUGCAAACAGAUAGAGGAGCUCAAGAUGGAGAAUCAAACCCUUGCUGGGCUCUACCGCAGCGAAAAAAAGGUAGCAUCGAAAUUUCGUUGA